AUGUUUCGGGUGACCGCAUUUCUAUUUCCGAAAUCGGGCCCCGUCACAAAGUUCUUGGCAGUGAAAGGGUGCCGAGUCCGCCGUCACCCCCGCCAUUCCAGCCCACGCAGCCCUAGCGGGGCUAGGGGGUGCAGAGGUCUCUCACCUCGCCCCCAGCCAGUCCGGGCACCAAGGCACAGAGCCGCCUGCCUCAGGAGCAAGACAUGGCCCUCUCGCAGCAACAAUUUAUCCGGCAAACACCGCCUGUGCGCCUGGUACCUUCGGCACCGUUUGGGUUGGAGAUUCUCUCCGGACGGCCCGGGGCCGACGGACCCCGCCGCACCACUACCUGCCUCUGCGCACCACGCCGCCCAUCCCCGUGCCAGCCGGGACGCAGGCGAGGAGAACUCCCUGCUUUGGGAGAGCGGCCCCUGCACCUGCGAUCCUCUCCUGCUCACUCGGAAUUGGCGGAGAAAGCAGCGAUGGGGAACCGCAGCAAGCAGAGAUAAGCCAACCAUCUCCCCCGCCUUACCCCCCGUUAGCCCGCCACCUCCAAGGACCACAAGAACACCCAGAAGCCUGUCCUCGCAGGGAUCGGGGUGGGAUCUCUUAGCACCAUCACACACCCACACUGUUCAGGGCAAGGGGUGUGCAAACAAGCCUCACCAAAGGGCACCGGUGGCAGGAGGCAGAGCCCAGGGCACAGCGGGUUCCGACCCUUCGGUGAAAGACAAGAGAUGGAGGAAUGAAUGAAUGACGGAGCGAAUGAAUGAAUGAACGAACGGAGCGAAUGAAUGAAUAACACAC